AUGGCGGCGGCGGGUUCCGGCGCGGGGGGAGGCGGCCGGAGCUUCUCCUUCAAGGUGGUGCUGCUCGGGGAGGGCUGCGUGGGGAAAACCUCCCUGGUGCUGCGCUACUGCGAGAACAAGUUCAACGACAAGCACAUCACCACCCUACAGGCAUCUUUUUUAACAAAGAAGCUAAAUAUUGGAGGAAAAAGAGUAAACCUUGCAAUAUGGGAUACAGCAGGUCAAGAAAGAUUCCAUGCACUGGGUCCAAUUUACUACAGAGAUUCUAAUGGAGCUAUUUUAGUAUAUGACAUAACAGAUGAAGACUCUUUUCAAAAGGUAAAAAACUGGGUCAAGGAAUUAAGAAAAAUGUUGGGAAACGAAAUCUGUUUAUGUAUAGUUGGUAACAAAAUAGACUUGGAAAAAGAGAGGCAUGUUUCAGUUCAAGAAGCAGAAACGUAUGCAGAAUCAGUGGGAGCAAAACACUAUCAUACUUCAGCCAAACAAAACAAAGGAAUUGAAGAACUCUUCCUUGAUCUCUGUAAAAGAAUGAUAGAAACUGCUCAAGUGGAUGAAAGAGCAAGAGGCAAUGGUUCCAGCCAGUCAGGAACUGCAAGGCGGGGUGUACAGAUUAUUGAUGAUGAGCCGCAAGCACAGAGCAGUGGAGGGUGCUGCUCUUCUGGAUAACUGUAUAAAACUGUGGAUUAUUGCCCCUCAACAUGAAGACUGCCAUAUUUCAAGUCAUGCAUUCUUUACCAAUGGAGUAAUAGAAUUAACAGUAUUGAAAAAUAAUCACUUAUAACUCUGCAGAGACCUCAAGUGCUAAACUAGUGGAGUCUGAGACCAGAGAAUUGGCAUUUUCUACAGUGGUUAACAAAGCAAUUACCAAUGGCCUUUUUACAUAUUUUUCUUUAAUGAGGAAUAAUAUGCAUGUAGAAAAGACCUACUUAAAGGCUUCAUUUAUAUUCUUUUAAAUCAGAUCAUUAUUUAAUAACUUAUAUACAUUGUUGGAAUGGUAUACAUUUUUGCAGCUGUUUGUAUUUUGUGGUAGAUUCAACUGUAUCACUUCUAAACUGCAAACUGAUUAAUUUUUUUUUUUUUUAAUUAGCAGAUACCUGAACUACUAUUUUUGCAGGGCUUACACAAGUCCAUAACUGUCAACUACUUUGAUAUACUAUAUAUUCAUUCUGUAUGCCAACCUGGUAAAAUACAUAUUAAAUAUUUUAUCUGCUUUUACAAGUGCAGGUGCAGAAAUACAUCAGCCUUGUCAGCAAUUGUCAAGUGAAUAACAAUUGGUGAAAAGAUGCAAGUUUUUCAUUUGUACUUUGUCAGAUUGCUUGUUUCUUCACCCGCUCUUCCUGCAGACUCCUAACAGGUUUUUUGGUGUAUUCGGUUACACAGAGCUCUUUAAAAGUCUCUUCCUGGCAAGCAGCAAUAUGCUUCAGAGCACCUCUAGUGACAGGGCAGGAGUGCUUCCUGAAACUCCAGUUAACCCAGAGGGACUUGACUCCCAGAUGAACAGUGGAGCACAUUGCCAUCUCAAGUCUGCAAUUGCUUCAUCCUCUCCCUAGUCUCCAAGGAAGCUUAAUCUUAAAUAAAUUAGCCCUUGUCCAUCUGGUAGCCACUAAACAAUGUUUGUGAAAAGUUGUAUUAGUACCCUUGCCUCCAAGACAGCAUUUUAAACUUUAAUGAGCAUUAGUUCAUACUACAAAGCUUGAGUGAACAAGUAAAUGAAAUUUAACUUUCCUG